GCCUGUUGCUGAGGGUAUGCAGACUACCCAUCCCAGCGUCACCGCUGAUGGCAACCGUCCGCCAAUCGGAUCUCAACUAGAUCCGACGAAGGACGCGCUGCCAACAAAAUGAGCAGCAUACGCUGCGUUCAGGUGAACCUCCAUCACGCAAAGGGCGCCUCUGGUGUUCUUUGCCGGAGGUUCACCAAGGAUCAGCUAUCCGUGGCGCUGAUCCAGGAACCAUGGGUCCACGACACCAGGAUCCUUGGCUUAGCCAACACAAACAAGUUCAUCCAACGGGAUUUGGUUGCCAUUGCGGUGGAAGUCCCGACAACCAACGGCACUCAAGAAGUGGUUGUUGCCUCCGCUUACUUCCCGGGGGACGAGGACGAUAUACCGCCAUCCGAAGUCGCAGCACUUGUGCGAUACUGCCGAAGCAUCAACAAGCCACUCAUCGUCGGCUGCGAUGCCAACGCGCAUCACACAGUCUGGGGCAGCUCGGAUGUCAACACUCGAGCAAUCUCCGGUUCGAACGUCGAAGAGUUACAGAGCCUCGAAUCCAGACGCAUAACGUGA